AUCAAGGCGCAGGGCGCACCUCAAACGAGUUUGCAAGGGUGAUUUAGACACAGCCCAAAUGUGAGAAGUGGUAUAUGUUGAGUCAUCUGAGUGAGCCGCUGUUUCCAUCCGUAAGCCAUUGUGAAGUGCAGGGUAAAGUUGUUGGCAAAAAACUACUUCCUUUUCUCACAAUUAAAGGUGGAAAAUAUCUCCUGACUCCUACUCCUUAAUCAGAGUGCUGAAGUGGUCAGCAACAUUAAAGAACUGACAUGCUAAAUUAAGCAAUACCCAACAGCAGAUAUUUGCUGAGGACCAUAUUUAGUCUUAUCAGUAUGUACCAGGGUUUGCUCUUGUAUAAAACUUUGUCGGUCAGCACAAAUAAGAAGACGGAACAAGAUCAAGACUCGACUCUUUCCACUGCAUUGACACCUCAACAUGGAAAACAGCAGUUUUGGGCUGAAAUAUGUGACUGGACACUCAACAGAAAAGAGCACUGUGGAGGAUGAGGGAUUGGGGAUUUUUUUGGCCUGCAUUUUCUUUUCUACCAUCAUAGUGGGUCUCAUUGGAAAUGGUCUGGUCAUAUUUCUGGCCGGCUGCAGAAUGAAGACGACUGUCAACUCCAUUUGGUUUCUGAAUUUGGCGAUUGCAGACUUCAUCUACCUUUUAUUUUCAGUCACAAAUUUUUGCUUAAUCUUGAGCAAGCAGCACAGUGUCUUUAUAGGCCACAUUCUCUUUAUGACAACAGAACAAAAUGUGUUUGCUAGCAUUUGGUUUCUUGUAGUUAUCAGUCUGGAUCGAUGCCUGCGCACAUGGAUGGCUGUUUGGGCUCAAAAUAACAGAACUCUGCGUAAAGCCAGAAUCAUCUGCAUCAUCAUCUGGGUUUCAUCCAUCGGCUACAUUUCCCCUUACUUUCCUUUACUUUCCCUACUAGAUGUUGAGGUUACAGGUACAAAUGUCACAUAUGGAUUUAUAAUGACCUUUCUCAUCCCCUUCUUGAUCAUUGCAUCUUCAUACAUCGCUAUUGGAGUAAAAAUCAAUCGCCUCAAAAAGAGGAAGCAGCUCAAGCCAUACAGACUCAUUAUAACUGUAAUUCUGAUUUUCUUCAUCUGUUCAUUUCCACAACAUGUUUGCUGGUUUUGGAUGGCAAGGGCAGAAAAUAUUAAUUGGACUUUCACUGGUCACUUUUGGGUGCUAUUUGGUUUUACUCUCUACCUGGUUAAUCUCAACAGCAGUCUGAACCCAUUUCUCUAUGUGUUCAUGUGUGAUGAUUAUAAGAAGAAGCUGAAACAGUCUCUGGUGCUGGUGCUGGAGACGGCGUUUGCUGAAGAUCAUCUGGACAUUAAAGAUAUGAGACAGACACAAACGGAUGAGCAAGAGAAGAAAACCACAAUUGAAUUGCUAGAAAUAUAGAAAACUUUUUUUGGGGAAAAAAAUGCAAUGAUUGAUAAUAAUGCAUAUAAUUAUCACAGUUAAACAGUAACUGUCAUCUGUAUUUAGCAUAAUUGUCUGUCUAAGACAUAUCUUGUGAAUUAUAGUUUUAUAAAUACAGGUUUUGUGCUUGAUUUAGUUAUGUGUCUGUAGCCGCUUUUCUACUAUCGUGCCAAACCGUUCUAAGAACACUUCAGUACGGUUAAGGUUGUUUCUCCACUGAGCCUGGAACGGCCCGGCACAAUUACAAACCGUUCUCGGCAUGGAAUUAUAGCCCUUAUAAGCACCAAUAAACUAGUCAAAUAAAUGAAUUAAUUCAAUAAAUUUGGAUUCUUAAAUGUCGGUAUUGCUUUUAAAAAUA